AUGCCUGGCUCGAUGGCCACAGGGAAGAAGCUGGACCUGUCCAAGCUGACGGACGAAGAGGCCAAGCACGUGUGGGAUGUGGUCCAGAGAGACUUCAACCUGCGCAAGAAAGAGGAGGACCGCCUCGGAGAACUGAAGACGAUGCUUCAGAAGGAGGACACGAAGAGGGAGCUGCUGCAUGAGACCACCCUGACUGAGUCCUACUGCAUCCGCUGCCUCAAACCCUUCAAGCUGCUCCUCAACAACAAGGUCCAGUGUUUGGACUGUUCGCUCUCUGUCUGCAAAACCUGCAGCCACUUCAGCAAGAAGGAGCAGGGCUGGGUCUGCCACCCCUGCCACAUGGCCAGGGUGCUAAAGAUUGGGACUUUGGAGUGGUACCAUGAAAACGUCCGUGCCCGCUUCAAACGCUUUGGGAGUGCGAAAGUCAUGAGGUCGUUGUUCAAAAGGCUGAACGGAGAGCCCAGCGGAUCAGAGAGCGAGCUGAGAGGAACCAGCGACUGUGACACCAGGAGCAUGCCGGACGUGCACAGAGGUGGAUAUGAAGACAACAGCGUGGAUCAUUCAGAUGGACACCACUACAAAGAGAUGAAGAAGCCAAAGCGGCGCCUCACGGUGGACCCUGUGGAGCUGGGCAUGGGCUUUGACUGCCCGCACAGCCCCAGCGACAGUGUGAGCGACGUGGGGAAGAGAUCGGACUACAACAAUGGAGGACUGGACUACAGCCAGGGGGCGGAGUCUGCUAUCAGCCCGCAUCAAGAUGAGUUCCUGUUCCUGGACGGCCGUGGUCCGCCUCGCUCCGUGUCUCGUCUCAGUUAUUCGUCCUGUGGCAGUGGGAGCCUGGGACCCCGCAGCUCCUCCACCUUCCUCCCAGGAGCCGAGGACUCAGAGGAGGACGAGCCUUUCCCCACCAUCCCCCUGUACCAGAGCCACCUGUACAGCCACACGUCCCAGGAGAGCCUGCACUCCAACAACCCUCACCAGAUCACUGACCUGAACAGACGGAUGUCGGCCGUGGAGUCUCUGCUGAACCGACUGGAGCAGAAAGUCACCUGCACCACUGACCAGCUCUCCCUGCAGACCCAGACUCCCAGCAGUGUGUCUCCGAUGCCCGAGUGGGAAGUUGAGCUAGAGGAACAGCAGCUGAGACAAAAACUGAGCCAGAUGACCCACGACAUCAGCGACCACAGCCUCAGCGAUGAUGAUGAUGAGGAGGAGGAGGAGCGGGAGGGCAGCCUGGUGAGCCGUCCACAGUCCUCUCUGGACAGCUCUGUCUGGAGGAGUCCUCUGCUGGGAGACGCUCUGACCACCAGGAUCCCCACACGGCCCUCGUCCAGACUCAGCAGCUUCAGUGCGGCCUCCAAGAGCGAGGAGAAGCAGGGAGAGGAGGUCAAGAUGAACCAGUCUAUGGAGAGUCUGGACCGUAAGUCUGUGGAGGACCGGUCCCGGUUCAGAGGCUCCACUGCUCUUCUGUUUGAGCUCGGGAACAAGGUCGCUCAGGCCGCAGCCGACGUCCAGAACACCCAGAGUCAAGUCUCAUUCAUAGAAAACAAAAUUGCUAAACUGAACGCUGCUGGAAUGCCUGUGGACAGAAGGAGGAAGUCUGCGAUCCCUCUUCCAGCUCGGAGAAUGUCCCAGAAUUUCCCCACAACCCAGGCCGACAGGUUUGUGAGGAACACCUGCUACACGGGCUCUUUGACUCAGAGGAACCCAGUCAAGAAGCCCCAACCUCGGGCUAACUGUGCGAAGCCGGUCAUGAUUCUGGGCUCAUAA